AUGGCGCUUGCAAAUGUUCAUUUGCGGCACAUGGAGACGGCUCUUCGUCUUGGAAGGUAUGCCUUAGAUCAUGGUGAGACUCCAGUGGCUUGUAUCUUCGUUCAUAUUCCUACAGAUCAAAUUGUAGCAUUCGGAAUGAAUGACACUAACAGAUCGCUAACCGGUGUAGCACAUGCUGAAUUCAUGGGUAUAGAACAAAUAAGGGAAUUCGUUAGUCCUGAUGAACUCGUUCCCUUCUUUGGAGAUAUAGCACUCUACGUGACGGUGGAACCCUGCAUAAUGUGUGCUUCCGCUUUGAAGCAAUUAGGUAUUGGAAAAGUAAUAUUUGGCGCUGGAAACGAUAGAUUUGGUGGGAAUGGUACGGUGCUAAGCAUUAAUCAAGAUAGUUGUACUUUAGGAGGAAAGCAUGAAUCGAUACCUGGCGUCUUGAGAAGAGAGGCUAUCAUGCUGUUAAGGUAUUUUUAUGUGAGAUCUAAUGAGAAAGCACCAAAGCCACGGACCAAAGGUGAAAGACUUUUGGAUAAGGAAAAUUUUCCACCAAUGCAAUGGCAAGACUAUAUAGAUCGAGAUUCAUUUGCACAGGAAUUUGGUGACGAUAAAAUUGCAUGUUACGAUGAAAAAACAGAUUGGACCAAAGAUGUGAAAUGGGCAUUGAUUGAACAGCGUCAGGAUGGAAUAUUGGAGGAGCUAAAGCAGCAUCAUUACCAAUUUGGGCUUUGGCUUAAGCACAAAAAGGUUAGGCGGUAG